ACGUAAACGACACCGUUUCCAUAUUCAAUACUCUUAGAAGCCCCGGCUGCGCGGCCACAGAGCUCGUUGGCGAAGGAAGCAGAAUAGAAGAAGAAGAAGAAGAAGAAAGCGGCUAUGGAGAACGGCGACAGCAAUGAAAUUCCCGAAAACGCCAACGAGCAUUGCCCAGGUCCUCAAUCGGAGUCUGCAGGACAAUCUGACGCUUGUCAGGGAUGCCCUAAUCAGGAGGCUUGUGCUACUGCGCCUAAAGGCCCUGACCCAGACUUGGUUGCCAUUGCUGAGCGAAUGGCUACUGUGAAGCGUAAGAUACUGGUUUUGUCAGGCAAAGGUGGGGUUGGUAAGAGCACAUUCUCUGCCCAACUCUCAUUUGCUCUAGCAGCUAUGGACUUCCAAGUGGGUCUCCUUGAUAUCGACAUUUGUGGCCCAAGUAUUCCCAAGAUGCUAGGUCUAGAAGGACAAGACAUCCACCAGAGCAACCUUGGCUGGUCUCCUGUCUAUGUUGAGUCGAACCUCGGGGUCAUGUCCAUCGGUUUCAUGCUUCCAAACCCGGAUGAAGCUGUCAUAUGGAGGGGCCCCCGUAAAAAUGGGAUCAUCAAGCAAUUCCUAAAGGAUGUGUACUGGGGAGAACUCGACUUCCUAGUGGUUGAUGCCCCGCCAGGGACUUCGGACGAGCACAUCUCUAUUGUCCAAUUCCUCCAGGGAACUGGAAUAGAUGGUGCAAUCAUAGUCACCACCCCACAACAAGUCUCUCUAAUUGACGUGCGGAAAGAAGUGAGUUUCUGCAAGAAAGUUGGAGUAGAAGUUCUCGGAGUGGUUGAGAACAUGAGCGGGUUGUGCCAACCAGUGACAGAUUUCAGGUUUUCAAGGGUGACAGAGACAGGUGAACAAAAAGAUGUGACAGAGUGGGUGAUUGAAUAUAUGAGGGAGAAAGCUCCAGAAAUGCUAAACUUGGUUGCUUGCAGUGAGGUGUUUGAUAGUAGUAGCGGUGGGGCAGCAAAAAUGUGCAGGGAAAUGAAUGUCCCCUUCUUGGGGAAGGUACCAUUAGACCCACAGCUAUGCAAGGCAGCUGAAGAAGGUAGAUCCUGCUUUGCUGAUACGAAAUGUGGGGUGAGCGCUCCUGCCCUUCAGAGGAUCAUAGAAAAGCUGGUGGCAAAUCAGGCACUGUCUACCACUUGAGUAGAUGAUGGUGCAAGGAUGUUAAAGGUUUUGCUCACUGUUUCCGGCAUAUACAUUAAAUUACUCAAAAGUUAUAUGCAACCAUGACACCAUUUUGUCUUUUCUAAUUCUUAUCAUCUUUAUUCAGAGUGCUAAAAGUUGCUAGUUCAUGUCUCAUGUGCCAUAAUUAUUGAUUUUUAAUUUUUAA